UUGGGCCCCUUAGCCCCGCCCCCAAUUCCGGUGAAGCACUUCUGGCAGGGACCAGUCUCCAAGGCAACGUGUCGUCGUCACUUCCUGCCAGGCUCCCCGGGCGUCACACUACCAGGCAGCAGGAUGCUCUCGGUGCCGGGCGCGGCGGGCGGCCCUUCCUCGGGCUUCGGCCCGGGCUCCGGUGGCGAGGCCGGCCCGGGCUCCGGCGGCGGCGACUUCCUGGCCCGCUACCGGCUGGUGUCGGCCAAGCUGCGGCGCCGCUUCCUGCGCAAGCCCAACGUGUCGGAGGCGGCCGAGCAGUUCGCGGCGCUGGCGCGGGAGCUGCGCGCGCAGGAGAGCCUGCCCUACGCGGCCUGGUGCCAGCUGGCGGUGGCGCGCUGCGCGCAGAGCCUGGGCCACGCGCCGGGCGAGGCGGCGGCGCUGGGCGAGGCGGCGCGCCUGUGGCUGCGGCACGAGCGCGAGCUGCGCGCGCGCCAGGGGGGCCCUCCCGGGCUGGGCCUGGCCGAGCACCUGCCGGCCGCUCAGAGCUGCGUGGCCUUCGGCGCCCGCCUGCGCCUCGAGCUGGGCCAGCCGGCGCUGGCGGCUGGGCUCUGGCUGGAGCUGGGCGCCGAGCUGCGCGCCGCCGGCGAGCCGGGCCAGGCCGUGCCCGCCCUGCUGCGCGCCGCCGAGCUGCUGGCCGCCGCCCCGCUGCCCCUGGAGGCGCUGCGCUGCCUGCGCCACGUGGCCUCCUGCCUGCUGCUCGGCCGCGACUACGACGGCGCGUUGGCCGUGCUCACGCAGGCCCAGCAGCAGCUGCUGGCCCAGGCCGGCAGCGGCGGCGGCUCCUCCGCCCCUGCUGCUGCCGCCCCUCCGCCGCCAGGGUCUGCCCGUGCCAGCGCUGCCGCUGUUGCCUCGUCCGCCCCCACCAGCCAGCUGCCCGGCGCCUUCCUGGACGAGCUGCUGCACUGCGAGGUGACCCGCGUGCUGCUGCUGCUGCUGCUCCAGCCGCCGCCCUCCAAGCUGCUCCCCGAGCACGCCCAGACCCUGGAGAAGUACUCCUGGGAGGCCCUGGACGCCCCCUCCGGCUACCUGCCGCCCGAGCUCUUCCUGCUGCUCCAGUCCGCCGUCAUGGCCUGCCAGGAGAAAGCCCUGGAGGCGCUGAAAGUGCUGCAGAAGGCGCUCUGGCCGCUGCUGAGCCCCGAGCAGAACCACCUCCUCCAUCUGGUGGUGCAAGAGAUGAUCAGCCCCUCCGGCCAGGGGGUCUGAGCCAGGCCUCUCCGAGAAGGUGUGGCAUUUGGACAGGCCUUGUGUCGAGGAUGCUGAGAUGGCCUGACUGGUUGGAACAGAUCUUAAGGACUGGCACUGCCAUCCAUCACCUACCCUGCUUUAAGGGUGUGGAGAAGACCUGCAUAGAAGUGGUCUGACUCACUAGAACAGAUCUUCAGGAGGGACACUUCCAUCCAUCACCUACCCUGCUUUAAGGAUGCAGCAGCCUAUAUAGAGGCAGCUGACUAGAGUCGCACUUCUAUCCGUCACCUACCCUGGUCUCCCCAAAGUGGGUUCUGGUUGCCCUGUAAGGGUCCGUUUCCUUCAGUCCUGGGUCUGUUGCAUCUCCUUGCCCGCUGUUCCUUGGAAAUGCUUAGGAACUUGAAGGGAGUGCAUCUGGACUUUCCAAGAAACAUUAUUGCUGGACUUAAAUGGUGUGUGCUCCUUUUUGCCUCCGCAAAGUGCUUCUUUUCCAUAUAAGAAGAGCUUCUUGUAUGAUGCUGCUGCUGCAGUGUUUGCCCAAAGUGGGUGGUAAAUGGGAAUAUUUUUUGUCUAUAUAUGGGAAGUGUUUGGCAAGUCCUUCCAGUUGUCAGAAUCCAAAACUGCAUAAGAUUCCCCUUUUGUACUUCAUUUGUAUAUAGAAGUUGCUAGUGCAAUGUCAAUAUUUAUAAUAAAAAGCAACAAAACUUGAAA